AUGGCAAUUAUGAUUGAAGAAUCGGAAAGUCUUCACAAUGAAACAGAAAUAGUGAAGGGAAAACAUUUAAAAGUUGUAGGGAGACCACCCUUCAUUCGUUUCAAGAUACUACCUCCUGGCCCUAUGACUUUCUAUAUCGGUGUUUUAAAUACGACACAGGCUAACCCAGCCGUCCAUCCUUUCGAGGUCGAAAAAUGGGUAGACGACGUAAGUUGUCGCAUGUUGGCCGGCGAGAUGGUUCAGUGGUUCGAAUGCUCGCUGAGUCAAACAUCUCAAUGGCUAUCAUAUACUCAGAGUUUAUGA